AAGGAGAGAUUGUCUUUCUCAAUAAGCUCUCUCUCACUGCUUCUCACAGUACCAGAACCGCGAGCCACCAGACGCGAGCGCGGGCCUAACCAAGCCAACCCAAAACCAUCCUCAAAGCCUCGAGGAGAGAAACUGAGGGAGAAAGAUCGAAAGCAUGUUUUCAGUUCUCAGCAGAUUUUGCAAGAAGACCACCCCCACAAGCACCUUCUACCAAAUCGCGACAAGGUUCAUCGCCUCCUCGUCUUCCACCUCCUUCCACUACCACUCUUUCCCCAAAUUUCUUUGCCCUUCUGAAUCCGGAACUACGAUCAGCUCCUCUAUCUGGCUCCAGAAACGGUUCAAAUGGGACGGUACCACCUCUGAUGAUCGCUAUGACCACAUCAGGGCCGAUUUAAGCUGUCCUCGAUGCUCCACCCUGAUGUCCGUCGUUUUCUCGAACCGACCCCUAUCGAUUUCGGGUCGGGAACCCGGAGUCUACCAGGCCCUGAAUCUCUGUCCCGGUUGCAGAACGGCUUUUUAUUUUAGGCCUUUCAAGCUGGCUCCGUUACAGGGUAGCUUCAUCGAGAUUUGUAGGGUUAAAGAGUCUAAGGACUGUGAUGGAAGUAGUGAGAAAGAUUGUGAGGCUCCGCACUUGAACAAGAGUGAGGCGCCUACACUGUCUCACGGGAAUGGUGGUAGUGGAGGUGGCUUUUGUGCCGGAAAUGGCGAUGAUAACAGUGGCAGCUCAAGUUUAGUGAAGGACCUGGCUACACCGAAGGACAUUUUUAAAGUACUCAACGAGUUUGUGGUUGGGCAAGAAAAAGCCAAAAAGGUGCUUUCAGUGGCUGUUUACAACCACUACAAUAGGUUGCGCCUUGCAUCUUUGAAGAAAACCUCUGAUCGAGAAUUAGCAAAAAUUGAAGAUGAGAACGAAGAUGAUUAUGUAGAGCCAGAAAAAAGCAACAUAUUGCUGAUAGGUCCUACAGGGUCAGGGAAAACGCUGCUGGCAAAAACACUGGCCCGUAUUGUAAAUGUUCCAUUUGCCAUAGCUGAUGCUACAACAUUGACCCAGGCAAGUUAUGUUGGAGAAGAUGUGGAAUCAGUAUUAUAUAAGCUUCUUGUGGAAGCUGAUUUUAACGUGGAAGCAGCUCAGCAAGGGAUUGUCUACAUUGAUGAAGUUGAUAAGAUUACAAAGAAGGCAGAGAGUUUAAACAGUGGCAGAGAUGUAUCUGGAGAGGGUGUUCAGCAGGCUUUACUAAAAAUGCUGGAAAGCACUGUUGUAAGUCUUCCGGAUAAAGGAGCUCGCAAGUAUCUUUCUGGUGAAAACUUUCUGAUAGAUACAAAAGAUAUUCUUUUUAUAUGUGGAGGGGCCUUCGUUAAUUUGGAGAAGACCAUAGCAGAAAGGAAGCAAGAUUCUUCCAUAGGCUUUGGAGCUCCAGUUCGUGCAAAUAUGAGGACUGGGGGAUUGAACGAUGCUGUAGUAACAUCGUCACUGCUAGAAAAUGUAGAAAGUGGUGAUCUCAUUGCAUAUGGCCUCAUACCUGAAUUUGUGGGGCGUUUUCCAAUUUUAGUGGGUUUGUCUGCUUUGAAUGAGGACCAACUUGCACAGGUCCUUGUUGAACCUAAAAAUGCCCUCAUUAAACAAUAUAAGAAGAUGUUUGGGAUGAACAAUGUAAAUUUACACUUCACUGAUAAUGCUUUGAGAUUGAUUGCAAGAAAAGCCAUGGCAAAGAACACCGGAGCCCGUGGUUUAAGAGCUAUACUAGAGAAUAUUCUGACUGAAGCAAUGUUUGAGAUUCCAAACAAGGAUGAUAUUAAUAACAUAAAAGAGGUCCUAGUUGAUGAAGAGGCUGUAGGUUCAGUGAAUGGUCCUGGAUGUGGAGCUAAAAUCCUGUUCAGAGAUGAUGGUGGUUCUUUGGGGGGUCAAGCGAGAGCCAUAUGUUUGUAGCUAGGGAAGAUCUUAGCCUGUGUAUAGUCCUCUUUUUUCUGUUUUCCCAAUUCUUUCUUCAUUCUAUGUUUAUAUUCUCAUCUGUUAUCAUUCUUUUCUUCCUCUUUUUAUUAUGCAUGGUUCACGAGAGAUUUUAAGCUUAAACUUUCGUGAUUUCUUGUAUAUAUUAAAAGCAACUAGUGCGUAAUUAACUGUUGGCUGGUGCUUGAGCACAUGCUACUUCC